GCCAGGGCCAGGGCGGGGCUGUCGGGGCGGGGGCAGCCCAGGGACCCCCCCUCAGCCCGGCCGCUGAGCUGGAGGGGCGCUCGGAGGGGUCUGUGACCUGUCUAGCGGCUCCUCUCCAAACCCCGCUGGGUUCAGCACGUGCUGCCGGCCGGGGUGCUCGGCAGCUCUGUCCCCUGGGCAGGAGGUGGGUCGCUUUCCGCCGGGCAGCCUUGCAGUGACUCCACUGUGAAGCAGUCCCUGGUGUCUGAAGAGCAAGGAGAUGAAGCCCACUUCCUUAGGAACUCUCGCUGAGCAGGUCUUGGGAUGUGCUGGCAAGCGCAGGCCCCCGCUCCGGACGCCUUCUGUGCUUUGUCCCUCUGAUAGGGACGACGCCAGUCGUCACCGAGGCGGUCCGGGUCCCACCGGGACAUAGCUCUGGAGCAGGCAUGCCGGCACCCCGCGGCUCUGCACAGCCACUCCCGUGGGCAGCAUCAAGGGGCCCCGCGGCACCACGAUCCCGUUUGUCCUGAUUCCUGGGGAGGGAGGUGCAGAGGCCUGAAUGGCUGCUGUCGGGAUCAGCCAGGUGGUUUUCCAGCCUGGUGUGUCUGUCAAGUGCGCUCCUUGGCCGAGGGCUGAGGAUGAAUCCCAGGUGCACGUGCCGUUUGCGAGGCAGGACGCGCGUCAUGACAGUCACCGGGUUAAUGGCUGGCAUCCCGCUCCACCUGCCAGUGUGCCGCCGGCACCCACGGCCGUGCCCAGCUCAUUGGGCUCUGCUCCACAGCCACAGGCAAACCCAGAGCUCUGGGGGGCAGCCAGGUGCCGGGGUGCCCGCUCUCCCGGUGGCAUGGAGACAUGGUCCCGGCGCAGCGCUGCCUUCGACUGUGUGCCCCAGCCGGCAGCCUGCUGCCCUGACUGGAUGGCGGAGCUCCCUGACGCCCUGCCCCUCUCCCGCCUCUCAAUCCCUGGCACGCACGACUCCCUCAGCCUGUUCGGUGGCCGGCGCCUGCGGUGCCAGAGCUGGGGCCUGGAGGCCCAGCUGGCGGCCGGCAUUCGCUUCCUGGAUGUGCGCUGCAAGCUGUCGCGGGGUGAGCUCCGCAUCUACCACCUCUGCACCUUCCAGCGGGCCAGCCUGCGCGGCGUCCUGCGCCGCACCCUGCACUUCCUCCGCGCCCACCCCGGCGAGGCCGUGCUUAUGCGCAUCAAGGAGGAGCUGCCCAUCUUCUCCCGGCCCGGCUUCGCUGCCCAGCUGCACCGCUGCCUGCUGGAGGAGGGACAGGGCUGCGUGUGGUGCCGGGAGGAGGUGCCAACGCUGGGCCAGGUGCGCGGGAAGAUAGUAGUGCUGGAGGCGCUGGCGCGGGAGGUGCUGGGCAUCCCCUACGAGCAGCUGAGCAUCAGCGACGCCUGGAACGUGCUGUCACUGGAGCGCAAGUGGGCCCGGGUGCGGCAGCACCUGGAGAAGGCGGCCGGCGGAGACCCCAGCACGAUGUACCUCACCUUCUGCUCCGGCAAUGGGCUCUUCACCUGCCCAGAGGAGGUGGCCCGCUUUGUGAAUCCCCGCUGCUGCCAGCACCUGCGGCGCCGGGGCGGGCAGCCCGUGCGCUGGGGGGUGGUCAUCAUGGACUUCCCUGGCGCAGGCCUUCUCCGGCUCAUCGUGGAGAGCAACGGCCCGCGGGCCAAUGGACACGGCACAGCGGCCCCCGGCACCCCCCCGGUACGGUCCCGCCGCCGCCACGGCAGACGGGACGGACGGCGCAGCCCGCACAGCCCCGCGCGCUGCCCGCGCCGCUGUCCCUCGGGGAAGACGCUGACACUGCUCCCGGCCCCGCGCCUCUGCCCAAGGGCCUCAGGGCCUGGAGGGCAAAAGCGGCUUUCUAGGUCUUGCAGAGCACCGGGAAGCCUUCGUGUGACGAUGGUGUGACAGUCGCAGAGACAGCAGAGGAUGCCGGCUGCGGCCGGAGCCGGGCAGCCCGGGGAGCUGCGCCCUGCCCUGAGAAGUCAGGUACGGUGCCGGUACGGGGCUGGGCCAUCUGAGUCCCACUGGGCAGCAGGGGUGGGUGGGGGUAGAACGUCCUGCCUCACCUCCUGUCGAGCCAGUGAGUCCUCCCAAGAUACCUCUUUGCAAAAUAGUCCUUUUCCUUAAGGGUAAAUAAAAAUAAAAAGAAGCUAGGAAAGCACUGCCGAUGUUGCCUUGCCAUUUCCUGUCAGAAAAGGGGAGAAAAGACCUUUUGCUUUUGCUGCUUAGAUGUGAAGGAGCUUAUAGCCCUCUGCCCAUGGAUGAAGCACUGUUAAAUUGUUGUCUGUGACCAUCUUGCUCUUAAAGCAGAGCUGCAAGAGGUCACAGGAGUAAGAAUUAAUUUUAAAGGUGACAACAAGUGUCUAGGAAUAGCCCUCCUCUCAUUGUUUCAGCUUUUGUUUCUUUCUUGCAGGGGCUUGCCCCAGAAGUCAGGACUCUUAGGAAGAGCCAGCUUCAGCAAGGCCCACCCACCCUGUUCAUGGAGCGCUGGAUGGCUACAGAGGCAGUGACUCAGCCAGGGCUACCCUGUCCCUGGGGUCACACACCAAGGGAUGCUGCACUGGGCAGAGCCCAGCAGUUUGCAACAGCUGGGGCACUGCAGACAGGGCACUUUGUAGAGCUACAAAAGCGAGGUGGUUGAGGCAUAAAAAAGACCUCAAAACAUGUUGUGCCAGUGCCUGCGCUACCUGCAGAUAAUAAAUCACUAAUCCAAAUAAACAACACAAGAACUCCUUUGAGCAGAAA